CACUGUAAUAGAAAGGUCCACAGUUAUCCGCCUCUAACCCUCACCAUUCUAGGCAAGUUAGCCGUCUGGACCAUUGACCCUCGUCUUCAUCUCCAUGAAUAUCCUUCAACCGGUCCGACAUCGCUCAAUUGGGCUCGCUGUUGACUUUGGCCUCUAUAGAAAUUACGCCAUAUAUAAAGGACGGCGACACCAAUAUCACUGGACCUUGCGUUGUAGUUCUUCUUUGCUGUCUGGUAACGCUGCAGCUUCCCCUCUAUGUCGCCAUAAUAGCCAUUGCCCCUCAACACCAUCAUCACUGUCAUCACCAUCAUACAUCCACGCAGCCAAGAUGAAAACGAAACCAACCCACGCUUCUGAAUUUCCCUCGAAUCCUCAGUCGGGGAACCAUCAGAUUAAUCUGAUUCGCGGCUGGCCAAACCCAGGUCUCCUACCCGUUGACCUUCUCUCAGCUGCUGCUCAGCGCAAUCUUUCAGAUCCAGCUAUAUAUGUUCCUGCGCUGCAAUACGGUCCAGAUUCUGGAUAUCAACCGCUACGGGAGGCAUUGGCGACUUGGCUGUCGGAGCACUAUCGUGUUGAACGAGAUCCGAAUCGUAUCUGCAUCUCUGGCGGUGCAAGUCAGAAUGUCGCUUGCAUCCUCCAGAGCUUCACAGAUCCCAACGUAACGCAGGCUGUUUGGUGCAUUUCACCCUCAUACCACCUCGUCUUCCAGAUCUUCCGCGACAAUGGCUUUGAGGGACGCUUGAGGGCGACGCCAGAAGAUGAGGAGGGUGUUGAUAUUGAAGCGUUGGAGGCCAAACUAGCUGAGUUUGAGAAGCACGCCCCAGAAGCCAAGGCGCCUGUGAGUGAUGCUGGAAAGUACCGUAAGCAUUAUCGACAUGUCAUCUACGUGGUUCCCACUUGUUCGAAUCCCUCGGGCAAGACAAUGUCUCUCCGUCGUCGAGAGGCUCUGGUUCAACUUGCGCGCAAGUAUGAUGCCCUCAUCAUUUGCGACGACGUAUACGACUUUCUCCAGUGGCGCAUCGACAGCGACCCAAGCACAAUUUCGAGCAGUCUGAGCCCUAACGAGCAUCCAGAAAUGCUACUCCCGCGCCUUUGUGACAUUGACAUGGCAAUGGGUCGUGCCGACAACGAUCCCCAUAGUUUUGGGCACGCUGUCAGUAAUGGAUCUUUCAGUAAACUCACUGGCCCUGGGAUGAGAACUGGGUGGCUCGAAGGAUCUCCUGCUUUUGCAUUUGGAUUGGCACAGACCGGUGCAACAAAGUCUGGUGGUUCGCCGAGUCAGUUUUCUGCAUCUAUCAUGGCCGAUUUGGUUCAGUCAGGGGCUCUUCAGGAGCGACUUGCCUCUACCCUCAGGCCCCAACUUCAACAUCGACAUCGGAUCAUGAUGCAAGCUAUACAUAAGCACCUCGAGCCUCUCAAUGUUGGCAUCCGAGACGCUGGCCUUGUCAACGGCAGUGUUUAUGGCGGUUACUUUGUGUGGCUCACCUUGGAAGAGGGUCUCUCAGCCAAGCUUGUUUCAGAAGUCACGAUGGCCGAGGAGAAUUUAGUUGUGGGAAAUGGAACUAUGUUUCAAGUGCCUGGCGAUGAGGCCUCUGUUUAUUUGGACAACGCCGUGCGGCUGACGUUCGCAUAUGUCCCCGAGGAGGACUUGGUAGAAGGUGUUGAAAGGUUAUCAAAGGCGCUUCGGAGGAUAAAGGCCGAUCCUGAGAAAUACAAGGCGCUUGCUAGCACAACGACGGAUAGUGAUAUUAUAGAUGCCAACAAAUAAUUACAGUAUGUUUUCUGCAGUCGUUGCCC